UCCACUGGGACAGCUAGGGGAACUUGAUCCAACUCUCCUAACACUUCAACAUUGGGAUUCACAGGGGGAGCAUAGACAUCUCCCCUCCUUAUGCUAAUCCAGAGCCCCAAAGAAGAUAGACAGUGGAUCGUGGCUGACAAGAGACCACAAAAAAAACAAGAAAAUGAAGAAGAUGAAGGACCCGAUAAAGGGGAAGUAGCUGGAGUUGAAAAGGAUGCUCAUGACCAAGGCAGAAAUUGACAGACUGCUUGCCAAACCCCAACCCCAUCCGCCCAUUAAGUACCCAAUCGUGAGUGGGGGCGGGGGAGUCUGGAGUUGGAGCGUCACAAUCAAGGUAACUGGUAAAAACAGCAUAAGAUGUCUCUGAAGGUAGGUACCCUAAACAUGUGCAGCUUGGCCAAAGACAGAGAGAACUGAGGUUAGCAGACUUGCCUUCAGGACAGGAGGCAAAUCUGAAGGCAGGAGGAUGGUGGGUGAGGGAGGAGGAGGGCUACAAGAGCAUUGCUGUGUCAGUAAUAAAACAAGACAAUGAAAUAACAAUCGAACGUGAGUCACAAUCAAACCACUGGGUUAUCAAUGUACGUACAGCAAAGCCUCAAUCCCCUCAAAGGAAAGCAACGAUUUGACAAAGGACCUUCUGCUCCAUUAGAGAGAGACAGAGAAGAGAACCAUAGUCAUGGCCUUCACUGGGCAGUAUGAACUGGAGAGUCAGGAGAACUUUGAACCAUUUAUGAGAGCUAUUGGUCUCUCAAAUGAAGACAUUGAGCAAACUAAGGCCAUUGGCUGGGUGACCGAUAUCAUCCAAGAAGGCGACCAUUUCAAAAUGAUCACCUCAUUAAGCAACAGGCAACACGUCAACGAGUUUACUCUGGGGAAAGAGGCAAUGAUUCAUACCUUCACUGGAAAAAAGUUCAAGUAGUGCCACGGGAUCUUUAACAUCCGCCUGAACAGGCAGAGGGUACCUUGUCUCAUCCGAAUGACGGCACCUCUGUUAAUGCAGCUUUCCCCCAGCACUGCAUUGGAGUGUUAGCCUAAACUACAGGAGUUCCAAAUGGAGCUAGUUUGGGACUUGAGCCCACAACCUUCUGAAUCAGGGGCGAGAGCGCAAUCGACUGAGCCAGAUUGACACCUGAGAAACAUUAAGAAAUGUUAUUGUAACGAAACAAAAUGAUGAAGCGUUGCAUAGUUGUGUUAAGGCUGAGACCAGGUGAACUUAUAGACCUCAAACAGAUCUGUACCAAGGUGGAUGGGGAAGUGGGGAUAAAUAAUACAAAUAAUAAAUAAUAUUCCUUAUAUUUGAUGUUGAACAAUUCCAAGU